AUGGAUCUCUACCUUUUGGAUGUCGACGACCCAUCCAAAGACCGCUACUAUCCCUGCACGCUGAGCAAUGUUCAGCUUUGGCCCAAUUCGACCUGGUUUGUUCGAGCAGACUGGUCUCUCCACAGUGGGACGUACUUUGACCAAGCGGCUGCAGGAAGUUCCAACACAUUCGUGAAACAAUUGAGCAAUUGGGCACUGGAUCUGUCGUACACCCGCGAUGCAGAGAAAGGCGCUGAGCUUGCGCGUCAAGGAGGCUUUCGUGUGGUCGGUGCAGCGAGGUAUCAACCCGGAGACUCCAGACUGAUCGUGGACUCGCCCUUGUGGCCCAAUUGGUGGCAAUUCGGUGAGCAGGUUUCCUACCUCGUCCAGCAUCCGCAAUCCUUGGAGUGCCUUGUCACUUUUCAAGGCACCUAUGAUACUGUGGACUGGUCGCAAAAUGCAAGGGGUGUCACUCGAGCAUUCUGUGGUCUAACCCUGCCAGACGAUCGAUGCUGUCCGUGGCCGCUACCCACAUGCAGAGGGGACUGCCGUGUGCAGCGCGACGGUGAUUCUUUCGUGCAUUCAGGCUUUUGGGCCGAACUUUACCGGAUGACACAAGUCCCAUCAUGGCAGCAGAACAUCCGCCCACGUCUUCCAUACUGCAAACGGGUUUCCGUGUUUGGCCACUCGCUGGGUGGUGCUAUGUCGUCCCUCUUCGCUGCGUGCAUUGGAAGGGCGCCCAAGAACGGCACAUUCGGAUUUGAGGACUAUGCAAGGAUUGCGUGGACCAAACAGAGGCCAAAGCUACUUCCCGAGAAUGCUACGUUCGAGACGUAA